ACUUCCCGUUUCCCGUCGUUCAUACACACGUGAAGGUCAGCAAUAAAGCCGUUCGGCGCUGAAAAAUUGCCAAAUAUUACUAAUACAACCUCUUUAUAAGCAAGUAUGGACGGCCAGGGAGCGACAGCAGACCCUCAGCUUCAGCAGUUCAUCGAAAUAGAGUCUCAAAAACAAAGAUUUCAGCAGCUGGUGCAUCAAAUGACGGAGGUUUGCUGGGAGAAGUGCAUGGAUAAACCUGGGCCGAAGCUGGACUCGAGGACGGAAACUUGCUUUGUUAACUGCGUGGAGCGAUUCAUUGACACCAGCCAGUUCAUCCUAAACAGACUGGAACAGACUCAGAGGAGCAGGGGGUCGUUCUCUGAGUCCAUGUCAGACUAAAAACUGUCUCUCGGAACACUAACGGGCAUAUGGGCACUGCUCUGAGAGGAGUCGCAUCCCUGACCCUGCUGUCUGUACAGUACGUAUGAACUGUCCAGCCAAUGGGGAAAAGGAACAUAAAAUGUUACCUUUCCAUACAAGUGCCUGAGAUUAACACCAACUAUGGACUCCUGUAGUUUUGUCUUCUGCUGGCAUCUGAGUGUUGCAAACAAACUUAAACUGUGGUCAGUGUUAAGUCACAGAAUUCAAACUCAAGCUGUGAAACUGAGUCUGAAUGUUAAAACAUGCAAGAACACACUGAGCUGGCCUGCUGGGGUUU